UGCAGUGGAGCGAAGUGCGAGAGGAGACUGCAGUCUCUGCUUUACGGAAGGAAUCUGACUAUGUUGGUUAGCGAGUGAAGCCCAAAACUGGUGGGGACAGGAGUGAGGGGGGCGUACACCACCACCACCACCACCACCACCACCACAAGAACUACCAUCACCAUAUUGAACUGGGACGCAGCGGCUUGUCUCCUCCGGCAAUGAAGUUCAACCUGUUCAGGAAGCCACAGCCAGUGGCCCCCUCCGAGACCACCGGAGCGACCACCGUCGCCAGUAUGGCCCCACCCCGGGCAGCCAUCUCCACGGUGGCUGAAAGUUCUGGAAACGACACGGAGAUCAGCAAGCAUGACAUGUUUGAGGAGAUCAAGAGCAAGUUCUUGAAUGAAAUUGACAAAAUCCCAUUGCCCCCGUGGGCUCUGAUUGCCAUUGCAGUGGUGGCCGCUUUGUUGGUGCUCACCUGUUGCUUCUGCAUCAUCAAAAAGUGCUGCUGCAAGAAAAAGAAGAACAAAAAGGGUAAAAAGGGCAAGGAUGGCUUCAACAUGAAGAACAUGGAGGGCGGUGAGAAACCGCAGGAUGAUGACGAUGAUGAGGGAGAGACCGGGCUGACGGAAGAGGAGAAGGAGGAAGAGGAGAAGGAGCAAGAGAAGCUUGGCAAACUGCAAUAUUCCAUUGACUACGACUUUGAAAACACAAAGCUCACCGUCGGAAUCCUUCAAGCGGCGGACCUCAUGUCCAUGGAUUCGGGAGGUACUUCCGAUCCGUACGUACGAAUCCUGCUCUUGCCUGAGAAAAAGAAGAAGUUUGACACCAAAGUCCACAAGAAAACGCUCAACCCUGUCUUCAAUGAAACCUUUGUCUUCAAGGUGCCCUAUGAAGAGCUCGGUGGCAAAACCCUGGCGCUGUCUGUUUUCGACUACGAUCGCUUCUCCAAGCACGAUGUCAUCGGCGAGGUGAAGCUGCCCAUGAACACCAUUGACCUCGGACGGCCCAUUGAGGAGUGGCGGGACCUGGAGAGUGCCGAUCAAGAGGAGCCUGAGAAACUCGGGGACAUCUGCAUCUCCCUGCGUUACGUUCCCACUGCCGGGAAACUCACCGUCUGCAUCCUGGAGGCCAAGAACUUGAAAAAGAUGGAUGCCUGUGGAUUAUCCGACCCAUAUGUGAAGAUCCAGCUGCUGCAGGGGGGUAAGCGUCUGAAGAAGAAGAAGACAACGGUGAAGAAGAACACCCUCAACCCGUACUACAAUGAAUCCUUCAGCUUUGAAAUCCCACUGGAACAGAUGCAGAAAAUCCUUGUGGCCGUCACUGUGUUCGACUAUGACAAGAUCGGCAAGAACGAUGCCAUCGGCAAGAUUUUUGUGGGCAGUAAGGCCACCGGGCUGGGUCUCAAGCAUUGGUCCGACAUGCUGGCUAACCCGCGGCGCCCCAUCGCCCAGUGGCACGCUUUGCAACCAGAGGAGGACAUCGACGGUCAGCUGGCCUCCUUGGCGGCCAAGAAGUAACCAGCAAACUAUUCCAGCCCUUCAUUCAAUUACUGAAACUUUGCAUGGCUUCAACCGACUUUUCAUGAAACCUGCUCAGCAAAAGACUGGAUAGAAUAGAUUCGGUUUGGGUUUCGAGGCAUCCCAUCUUGCAAAUGAGUGUCUGCUUACCAACUUGACGUUUCCAUUUCAACAUUCUUGUACACUGAAGUGUGAGCUGAAUUUAAGUUGAAUUUGUAGAGCAUGCUUUGCCCCACCUGCCCACGGCUUUGCACUCUUAACGUAUCCUGACAUCAACUUGCAAAUAGAAAGUGGAAUAGAAAGGUUUGGGUCCUGCUGUUCAUGUCACCAAGGUGGGUUGUCCAUUUAUGCAUCUACAUUGAAUGGAGGACAUCUUGAGAUCUGUUGAAGUAGGCAGGAAUGCUGUCAUUGUGCCAACUGAAACGACCGUAUGGAUGUAAAACCUUACCUCACCUUAACUGAUGCAUAAAUGUGCAGAACAAGGCAGUUUCUGAUCAGAUCUUUUGAUUUGGAUUUGAGUUGGUUAGGGAUUGGAUCUGGCAGGUACGUAAUUCUCAGCAACAAUAAUCGUGUGAUUUCCAAAACUCCGAUUUUAUAAUGUACACACAUCUUGCUACAAAUGUUUUUGUCUCCUGGAGUUACAUGGCUCAAAUGACACAAGUUUAUAUUGAUAUAUUUGCUCCCUUUCUGCACAGUUUGGCUAUGUGUCGGUGACGCCUAAGUGAGGAAAAAGCAAAAUAAACAUACAAAAACAGCUAUGGAUUGGAUAUCCGGCAAUUCAUCAGGCAAUCAAAGAGAAAUUGGAUAUCUGCCAAUGCAGGCGCAGUGUAAACAAACAGAUUGGAUUCAACCGGUAACUGGCAGCCUGGAGUAAUAUCGAUCGAUCGUGCUGCAGGUUGAGCUCGGUGGAAAAGCCAGCCCGGGCCAACUUAACUGAAUGUAAGGUUCAAUAUCUGUAUUAUUUAUGUACAGUGGUGCCUUGACUUCUGUGCUCAUGCUUGUAACUCAAAAUACUCAUAUCUCAAAACAACUUCCCACAUUGGAAUGAAAAUGCCAUUGAUCCGUUCCACUCCGAAACCUAAAAGAAAUGUGUUUUUAAUGAGGCAAAAAUAGACUUUACAUUAUCAUCCUACAUAAAAAAAUAAAAGUAUAACAUUAUUAGAUAAAACUUGAAAAAUCAAACAGUUUGUGCAUCAUCAUUUCAUACUUUAGUCAGUGUAUUUCUGGUGUGCCCGUUUUGGCCGCCGGGAUGCAAUAUAAGAUAGACUACGUACUUUUCCACUUGGUGAUGAAACAAAGGUACCACUGUAUUGUUCACAUCCCUGUUUUCACUGCUCAGUGUUGAACCUACCGCUAACCCCUAACCCCCUAAACCCUAAAACAGUACACAUCUCAAUUCUACAGUGUAUGCAAAGCUUAAUUGAGCUAGUCAGCAUCUGAUAAGUUCAAAACGGUUAUAAUUUAGCUACCGUCCUGCACUGAUUUCAUUCCGAAUAAUUGAAUAUCUUUUUGCAUUCCAAGCACAGAGGUUGUGAGAUGUGGCAAGAGCCUUUUGCUUGAGCUAAAAAAAAGAAAAAA